UAGCAUGCGAAUUUGACUCGAAUUCAUGGGUAGAGUUGGAGUGAAAUACCGUAGGUCACGUGUUGCGCGAGCUGGAGAAAACCCAAAACGCGACGCGUCGUUGUUGCCUGUAGCCGUCUUUCUUGCACCAGAACACAUCUACCACAACCCACUAAAUCGCUAUUUUCUGAGCUUUUGAGAUGGCGCGAACGAGAAGUCAAAGUCGCGAACCUGACCCGCAAGCGUCACGUCGUGCUCCCAAUGCCCGUAAACCUCAGCAACAGCUCCGGCCUCUGCCUGAAGACGAUAGUGAGGUUGAGGAUAACGUUGACGGCGAUGAUGAUGUCGAUGUGGACCAACAAUCAACUGGCGGACUAUCUCAAUCCACUGGACCGCGUUACGACACUUUUUCGCAGACUGAACUUCAGCUCCUCGACCCCGAAAAUAUGGAAUCAAACCUCGAGGACCUCAACUCCCAAGCCAGAAAACUCCUUGCCCAAUUCAGAAACCCUUCCGGACGAGCAGACGAACUGAAAUCGCUCAUUCGUCAGUUCCAAAAUCCCGACUCAAGAGAAAGACAAAAGGUAAAGAAUUGCUGGGCUGACCUUCAAGUUCUCCAAUCAGUCUUCACAAGUAGUGGGGAGUAUUUGAAGCCCGAAACUAUUCUCCGAAGCUUGCUGAGAAAGAAACACACCCAGCCAUUACCAAAAGCAUCCAAGCCCUGGAGACCGGACGAUGUGAUCUACAAAGCGAAUCUAGCCAUCCUCGUACACACUGUCAUGACUGGGUCUGCUGACCAUGACACUAUCGACGCUCUGAUGGGUGCAGAGCAAAUCUUUUCCUCGCCCUUCGCACUUAAGUUCGUUACUCCUGGAGGCAGAACCAUGCCUGGUCACAGCAAUCUCAUCCCGGAUACUUUCGAAUUCGCUCUUGAGCUCAGAACUCAGGUGCUUGUCGGUAAUCUUCAGGCCAACAUGACCCAGUCUGAUGCCGCAUUCAUGAUCCGCAACGCUAUGCUUGAUUUUGACGACAACGACGAUGACUAUGGCGACGAUGCGAGUGAGCAUCAAAUGCUCAAUCAUGCUCUAUCCCAUAAUCGCUACGCCAAAGGGUGGGAGCUCCUCGACCCACAUACUCUUGGGACUGAAGAGUACGCCGGAAUGAUUAUCAGACGCGCUGGCGAGAUCACAACAGCACUCUUCAGCGAUAUCAAAGAUCCCUUCGUUGAUUCAUCCGCAAGCUUAGAAUCCGGUUUGGCCAAGUUAAGAAAAAUGUUUCCUUGGGAGCAAUUCCAGAAACAUCUCUUACGUUGGGCCAACUUGCGCCUCUCAGAGAUUGACAACAGCAUCAAACAACUGGGCGGCAUUGACGAGAUCGUUACUGCUUUGGAGCAAGAGAUUAGAAAUCGUCUUGACAACCCACAUGCAUACGACAAUGAAGAUGUGUCAGAUGAGCAAGCACUUCCAAGCGUCGAGAGAAAUACUCAACUUACAAGUAGUCGUGCCACACCAGCAUCGGUAGCGAGCACAAAGCGACGCGCUAAAUUGUCUACACUGCUUGGAGGUCGCCCUAAACCAUCCACCAGUGCACACAUUUCGAGCGCCGCACAUCCAGAGCGGACUCGAACGACUACACAACUUGAUGCCAAUGCCGAGGUCAUUGACAAUGUUGAGUCAACAGCUGCCCCAAGACUGGAUCCAGCGGGAAAGCUGGCAAGGGCAAACGCACUUGACGAGCAAGCAAGACAGAAGAGAAGAUUUAUUGACCCUCAACCUGAUGGGGUACGGAUAGUCGACGACAUCACGGACUCCCAACCUGCCACACAGACUAGGUUCCGACUGCCUGGCACCUCACGACAGCCAUCAAGCAACCAGAACCUUCUUGAUCCCGCUUUGCAGAACGAAGAGGAAACCGAGAGGCUGAGUGAUGACGAGAACUUUUUCCAGACCCAGGACGAUGCCCCUGUUGCCAGACCUCGACCAAGGCCUUCGGCUGCAGCCGUUGUAAAUUCUACACAAGAAGAGCCCACACAAUCAACACGCAGACGCAGGAGCUCCGAGGUGGAGACUCCAAACAAGCGAAGAAACCCAGGUCCGACCAUCGAACCUUUCCGCUCAACUGGUGAUGACGAAGCGGAUGCCGUACAGAUAGCAUCUUUGAAUACCAGAUUGGCGGUUAGAAGAGCUCAACCAAGGGCACAAAGAGCACGCAAACCAUGGGAGGACGCAGAGGUCGGAGCUUUACUCAGGUACAUUCGAGACUACGGUAUUUCCUACGCCAUCCUCAAGAAGAUCGAUGAGGAGGGAAACAACGUACUCGGAGAUCGUACUCCUGAGGACCUCCGCCUCAAAGCCAGAGAGAUGAAGGUCAAAUUCCUGAUCACGGAACAACCUCUUCCUGCAAAUCUGCAUCUCGUCCCAUUGGGCAAGAAGGAAAUUGAGAGGGUGAAUAGAUUUGUGCUCUAUGAGCAGGAACCUCAGCGUGCGCGUAGUGAUCUUCCUGCCAUAUCGCCAUAGCAGAGUAGUAGUAAUCUGUAUGCAGAGGCGUGAUGAGAUGAGGAGCUUUGGUGUUUCUGAUUUUGCACAUUCUAUUAUCACUAUUCAAUUCGUUAAUCUCAACAACGCUAUAUGUCAAGCCGA